AUGGCGCUCAGCUUCGCACGCCGCCCGGCGGCCGGCGUGAAACUCGCCGUUCUCGUCGCUUUUCUGGCAGUUUUUUGUCCGGUGCUUCCGAAUCUUUUCUCGAAGGAAGACUCCCUCGGGCGUCCCGUGCCCAGAGGUGUCCUCGUCACCGACGCCGCUGCGUACGCGAACAAGAAAGUUUCCGUCUCGGAGGUUUCCUUCGACAGUCACAUCGAAGACAUUCAGUGGUGUGGCGUCGAUCACCGCACGAUUCUGCUCAAGACACGGCGCGGCCGGCUGUACCGUUCGCAGGAUGGCGGCAAGUCGUGGACCGAAAUCACGGAUUUGUUGAAGCCGUCGGAAGGGAGCUCGGCAGCCGUGGCGGUCGAUUCGAUCAUCGUCUCGCCGGUGGACAAGCGCGUGGUGUUGAUUGUCGGGUCGAAGCGGAACCACUUCAUCUCCGAAGACAGUGCUGCGACGUUUCGGCGCCUCAAGUACAAGAACACGAUCCACAACUUCCACUUUCAUCCGACGCGGCCCAAGUUCGCGAUCUUGUCCACGUGGACUGACGCCUGCUACGCUAGCGGCGGCUCCGGAACCUCGCGCACCAUCCAGCAGGACUGUAACCACCAGCUGUUCUACACGCGGGACCUCGGCAGAUCUUUCAAGCUCGUCGCCGACUACGUCGUCCAGUUCUCCUGGGGCGACAAGAAGCUCGGAAAUACGGACCACAUCUUCUUCACGCAGCACCGCGGGCGGUCCGGCGACCAGCCUAGAUACGGCGGAUGGUCAAAAAAUGUCGACUUGAUGUACACUCCGGAUUUCGGUGCAACAAUCACGCGCCUGGUUUACCGCGGAAACAAAUUCCUCCUGUCGAACGGAUAUUUCUUUGUGGCGAAAGUCAAAGACGCGGGCAAGCAAACGGUCUCUCUCCUCGUCUCCACCGACGGAGGCAAGUCGUUCCAGAUGGCGAAAUUGCCCGUGGAAAUCGAGGAGAGGAGUUACACGGUUUUGGACACAUCGGAGGACGCAAUUAUGCUGCAUGUGAAUCACGGCCACGGCAGUAAAGGCGACACGGGGAACGUGUAUAUUUCUGACGCAAAGGGUGUGCGUUACUCUCUGUCUCUGCCGAACAACAUCCGAACGAGCACGGGCGAGUGCGAGUUCGACAAAGUGCUGUCUCUGGAAGGGGUGUACUUGGCGAAUUUCAAAGACACGAUCGACGCCUCGGCCACGGGCUCUGAAGGCGCAGCGUCUGAGAAGAAUCAGGUGGACGCUGCGGGCGAGAAGUUGACGGAGGAGGAGAUCGAAGAAGAGGCGGAGGGCGUGCAAGUUGACUUGGAGAAGAAGCACAGGAGCGUCGCGACGCGAAGCAGACAGGAGGAGGUGAUCCGCACCGUCAUCUCCUUCGACAAGGGCGGAGUUUGGUCGUACCUGAAGGCGCCAAGGGUGGACAGCCGUGGCCAGAAGAUCGACUGUCCCCCGGAUCGCUGCUGGCUUCACCUGAACGGCAUCACGCGCUUCAGCGACUUCGCGCCCUUCUACUCCGUCGAAAACGCCGUCGGAAUCAUCAUGGGGACAGGGAAUGUCGGCAGUUACCUUCGCCCCGAAAAAGACGAGGCGAACACUUACCUCUCUCGCGAUGGCGGAGUAACGUGGAUUGAAGCCCACAAAGGCGCCUUCAUCUACGAAAUGGGCGAUCACGGCGGGCUGCUCGUCAUGGCGGAUGACACAAAGAAAACGAAUCAAGUGGUCUUUAGCUGGAACGAGGGGCAAAGCUGGUACGACUUUGAGCUCGGCGCCUCGCCGCUCUUCGUCGACAACAUCGUGAUCGAGCCGAAUGCGUCGAGUGUCGAGUUUCUCCUCUACGGCAAGAGAGAACAAGACACUGCAGGUGUCUUGUUCCACCUCGACUUCAACGCGCUGAAUCAGCAGCAGUGCAAAGGCAUCUGGGCUGCUGACUCCGUCAGCAGCGACUACGAGACAUGGAGCCCGUCAGACGGGCGUGCCGGAGGAGAGAAGUGUAUCUUGGGGAAGCACAUCACGUACACCCGAAGAAAGCAGACUAGCGAGUGCUUCAACGGUCGCGACUUUGAUCGGCCGAAAGUUUCCAAGGUUUGUCCGUGCACCAUGGAGGAUUACGAGUGCGAAUUCGGCUUCGCACGGUCCAUCGGAUCGACGCAGUGCGUCGCGACUGACGCCGCCGCCGCCGCUGCGGCGACCGCGACGGGUCUUGCGCAGUUCACAGACGAGAACGACGCGGCUGCAGCCGCCGCCUGCACUUCCUCCUCCUUCUUCUACACCUCCGCGUACCGAAAAGUUCCCGGCGACGUCUGCGAGGGAGGUUGGAUGCCCGAGAAGGUAGCGGUGCCUUGUCCAGCGCACUCCCCCGUCAGUCGCGGAGGGAAGACUGUGCUGCUCCUCCUUCUCUUCAUCGUCGUCGUCAUGAUCGUCAUCAACUACCUGUCCAAGACCGGAAAGCUGAAGAAGUUCUUCCGGAACGCAGGCUUCGACAACUUCGCAAAUGUCUCCUACGGCCUCGUGGGCGGAUCCGCGGCGGGGCCAGGCAGCUGGUUGGACCAGGAAGCCGGCGAAGGUCGACGGGGCGAGGAGCUCGGCGACAGAUCCAAAUACGAACCCGAACUCGGAUUCAUCGAGGCCGAACAGGACGAGAACGAAGAAGACGCGCCGACGCUGAUGACUUACGGAAACGCGGCAGGCGGGCAACGCGCGAACUCAGGGAUUGCUUCUCGCUCGCCGAAACGGAAGGAAGAAGACGAGUUCGAAUUUGAAGACGCAGGACGCCCGCUGUUCCCAUCGCACAUCCCCCGGCUGGCGCCGCCGCGUUUCGACGAAGAGAAUGUCGAACUCCUUUGA